CGGUGCUCCUGGGCACAAGUCAGAACGUUGAAGGAGAAGAACAACAUGGCGGCUAGUGGUGACGUGGAUGAACUCUUCGAAAUCAAGAAUUCCUUUUACAUCGGCAACUAUCAGUUUUGUGUAAAUGAAGCUCAGAAGUUACACCCUUCUUCCCGUGAACUGGCCAUUGAAAAAGAUAUUUAUAUGUACAGAGCUUAUACAGCUCAGGGUAAGCAUAGAGUUGUCUUAGAUGAAGUGACAUCAGCUUCUCCUGCAGAAGUACAACCUGUCAGAAUGUUGGCUGAUUAUCAUCAGAAUCCAAGCAAAAGAGAAUCCAUUCUCAAGUCCAUAGAAAAGAAGUUAAACUCUAGUGAUCUCAACGACUAUGAUCUGUUAAUGGCAGCAACAGUUUAUUACAACGAACAGAAUUUUGAAUCAGCAUUACGAUGCCUUCAUCAGUCUGAGUCAUUGGAGUGCUCAGCUCUGUCAGUACAAAUUUUCAUCAGCAUGGAUAGAGUUGAUCUGGCCAAGAAAGAACCUAAAAGAAUGCAGGUUCAAGAUGACGAUGCUACUCUCACACAGCUUUCCCUUGCGUGGUUCAAUCUUGCUGUGGGAGGGGAGAAAUAUCAAGAUGCCUACUACAUUUUCCAAGAGCUUUCGGACAAAUACGCCCCAACAGUCAUUUUACUCAAUGGUCAGGCUAUUGCAUACAUGCACAUGGGGAAAUUUGAAGAUGCAGAGAGUUGUCUGCAAGAUGCACUAGACAAAGAUAGCAGUAGUCCAGAAACACUCAUCAACUUGAUGGUUUUAUCUCAGCAUCUUGGAAAAGCUCCUGAGUUUGAUCAGCUUGCUGAACAAUAUGCAGUCAGUGUACAGUCCUGAGGAUGAUGACAAGAGAAGAAUCCCGCAAAGUAUUCAGGCGUAUUUGUAGACAAUUAAAUAAAAAAGAGGCCUCUCAAACCCUAUUGAUAGCAUUUCCGUACAAGCUCCAGUUUAUACCGUGCACGUUCCUACAAAAUUAACUUGUAACUCUGUGUAUCUUUCACCAUUAUGUUUUAUAUCUUAAGGUGGUAUAAUUGUUAUGUUGUUUUAACUUCUGCAUUAAUUUUGGUCUUUGUUUUGUGAAGAACAAGAAAUUUCAUGGUUGUAGGUCUUAAAGUUUAAGUGGUGAAUCUUGAAUUUAUUAAAUCAACCAUUACUCCUUG